CAGCAGAUACAAACUAUACUCAGGGGGACUAAUGAGGCCAAAUAGCUGCGACCAUGGCAACUCACUGGAGUAUCACCUGUUUUGCCGCACUGGCUCUUCUAUGUUGCUUAGCGCAGAAAGAAACAGAGGCUCUGACCAAGGGUGGUCCACUUUCUCAAACUUCUCAGAAGGAGCCUGAAGAUCCUUAUUACCUUCUGGGUUCACACUACCCACCGCAUCCACAAAACCCCCAACAUUCUCAGCAUCCUAAAAUUCCUGAGAAUCCACCGUCUCCUCAGGGAGGUAAAAUACCUUCAAACCCUAAGAUUCCCAUUUCUUUUCCACCACAAUUGUCUCCAUACCCUGGGCCUCAAACACAACCAAAGCCCCAAUACCCUUGGCCUCCAGUGUUUCGGCAUCCUCAGGAACCCGAGAACCCUCAACCUCAAACACCUUCAAACCCUGAGGGUGCUGCGCAUCAGACAGUUUCAAAAGACCAAUGUCCUUACCUUCAAACACUUUCAAAGUCUCAAUAUUCUCAACCUUCUCAGAACCCUCAACCUUCUUCACCUCCUCAUCCUCCUCAAGACACUCAACUUCCUCAGAACCUGCAGAUACCAUCACAGCCUCCGAACCAUCAGCUUCAUCAGAAAAAAACAUUUCCAGGGCUUCCUCAAUACCCUCAACCUCAAACGUCUUCAAAUCCUCAGUUACCUCAACCUCCUCAGUACCCUGAGCUGCCUAAGAAUCCACAAUUACCAACAAAUCCUCUGUACCCUCAACCUCCUCAAUAUCCUCCACUUCCUCAGAAUCCUCAGGUACCAUCAAAGCCUCAGAACCCCCAACCUCCUCAGUACCCUCAACUUCCUAAAAAUCCUCAACUUCCUGCACCUCCUCAGUACCCUCAACCUCCAAUACCCUCAAAGCCACAAAUGCCCCAGCUUCCUCAGAAUCCUCAAUUUCCUCAGAAUCCUCAAGUACCAUCAAAGCCUCAGUACCCUCAACUGCCUCAGAAUCCACAAUUACCAUCAAAUCCUCAGUACCCUCAACUUCCCAAGAACCCUCAACUUCCUGCACCUCCCCAGUACCCUCAGACUCAAAUACCCUCAAAGCCUCAAGAACCCCAACUUCCUCAGAAUCCUCAACUUCCUCAGAAUCCUCAGAUACCAUCAAAUCCUCAGUACCCUCAACCUCCUCAGUAUCCUCCACUUCCUCAGAAUCCUCAGGUACCAUCAAAGCCUCAGAACCCCCAACCUCCUCAGUACCCUCAACUUCCUAAAAAUCCUCAACUUCCUGCACCUCCUCAGUACCCUCAACCUCCAAUACCCUCAAAGCCACAAAUGCCCCAGCUUCCUCAGAAUCCUCAAUUUCCUCAGAAUCCUCAAGUACCAUCAAAGCCUCAGUACCAUCAACUGCCUCAGAAUCCACAAUUACCAUCAAAUCCUCAGUACCCUCAACUUCCCAAGAACCCUCAACUUCCUGCACCUCCCCAGUACCCUCAGACUCAAAUACCCUCAAAGCCUCAAGAACCCCAACUUCCUCAGAAUCCUCAACUUCCUCAGAAUCCUCAGAUACCAUCAAAUCCUCAGUACCCUCAACCUCCUCAGUAUCCUCCACUUCCUCAGAAUCCUCAGGUACCAUCAAAGCCUCAGAACCCCCAACCUCCUCAGUACCCUCAACUUCCUGCACCUCCCCAGUAUCCUCAGCCUCAAAUAUCAUCAAAGCCUCAAGUACCCCAACUUCCUCAGAAUCCUCAGGUACCAUCAAAGCCUCAGUACCCUCAACUGCCUCAGAAUCCACAAAUACCAUCAAAUCCUCAGUACCCUCAACCUCCUCAGUAUCCUCCACUUCCUCAGAAUCCUCAGGUACCAUCAAAGCCUCAGAACCCCCAACCUCCUCAAUACCCUCAACUGCCUCAGAAACCACAAACACCAUCAAAUCCUCAGUACCCUCAGCCUCCUCAGUAUCCUCCACUUCCUCAGAAUCCUCAGGUACCAUCAAAGCCUCAGAACCCCCAACAUCCUCAGUACCCUCAGCUUCCUAAAAACCCUCAACUUCCUGCACCUCCUCAGUACCCUCAAUCUCCAAUACCCUCAAAGCCUCAGGUGCCCCAACUUCCUCAGAAUCCUCAACUUCCUCAGAAUCCUCAGGUACCAUCAAAGCCUCAGUAUCCCCAAUUUCCUCAGAAUCCUCAACUUCCUCAGAAUCCACAAAUACCAUCAAAUCCUCAGUACUCUCAAUUUCCCAAGAACCCUCAACUUCCAGCACCUCCCCAGUACCCUCAGCCUCAAAUACCCUCAAAGCCUCAGGUACCUCAACUUCCUCAGAAUCCUCAGAUACCAUCAAAGCCUCAGUACCCGCAACCUCCUCAGUACCCUCAACUGCCUCAGAAUCCACAAACACCAUCAAAGCCUCAGAACCCCCAACCUCCUCAGUACCCUCAACUUCCUAAAAACCCUCAGAUUCCUGCACCUCCUCAGUACCCUCAACCUCCAAUACCCUCAAAGCCACAAAUGCCCCAAAUUCCUCAGAAUCCUCAAUUUCCUCAGAAUCCUCAAGUACCAUCAAAGCCUCAGUACCCUCAACUGCCUCAGAAUCCACAAUUACCAUCAAAUCCUCAGUACCCUCAACUUCCCAAGAACCCUCAACUUCCUGCACCUCCUCAGUACCCUCAUCCUCAAAAACCCUCAAAGCCUCAGGAACCCCAACUUCCUCAGAAUCCUCAGAUACCAUCAAAUCCUCAGUACCCUCAACCUCCUCAAUAUCCUCCACUUCCUCAGAAUCCUCAGGUACCAUCAAAGCCUCAGAACCCCCAACCUCCUCAGUACCCUCAACUUCCUGCACCUCCCCAGUACCCUCAGUCUCAAAUACCAUCAAAGCCUCAGGUACCCCAACUUCCUCAGAAUCCUCAGGUACCAUCAAAGCCUCACUGUGAUGUCCCACAGAAUGCCAGAAUUCCUUGUGGAGUUGCUGAUAUCUCUGCUACUGACUGUGAGGCCAGGGAUUGCUGCUUUGAUGGCCAGCGGUGCUACUUCGGAAAAGGAGUGACAGUCCAAUGUACCAAGGAUGGCCAAUUUAUUGUCGUUGUGGCUAAGGAUGUCACUCUACCCCAUAUUGACCUUGAAUCCAUUGGAUUGUUGGGACAUGGUCAAAGCUGUAAAGCUGCUCACACUAAUUCAAUUUUUGCUGUUUACUUCUUUCCUGUUACUGCCUGUGGCACCAUUGUCAUGGAAGAGCCCAAUGCUAUAAUCUAUCAAAAUAGGAUGAUGUCUUUGCUUGAAGUGAAAUUUGGGGCUUAUGGUGCUAUCACUUGGGACAGCAGCUAUGAACUGCUUUUCCAAUGUACGUACAUUGGUACUUCAGUUGAAACCUUGAUACUUGAAGUAGACGUACUUGGACCCCCUCUGCCGAUUGCUGCUCUUGGACCCAUCAAUGUUGAAAUAAGGCUGGCCAGUGGCCAAUGCAGUACCAAGGGUUGUAAUGAAGUGGCAGCAGCCUACACUUCUUACUAUGUGGACUCAGACUAUCCUGUGACUAAAGUAUUGAGAGAUCCAGUUUAUGUGGAAGUUGAGCUCCUGGACAAGACAGAUCCUGCACUUGUUCUGACUCUUGGACGCUGUUGGGCAACAACAGGCCCCAUCCCACACAGCUUCCCCCAGUGGGACAUUCUGAUAAAUGGAUGUCCUAACUCAGAUGAUCGUUACAUUUCCUCAUUGGUUCCAGUAGAUGCCUCAUCUGGUUUGCAGUAUCCAACCCACUACAGACGUUUCGUUUUUAAAAUGUUAACCUUUAUAGAUCACAGCACCACGGGACCCUUACAUGAAAAGAUAUACGUUCACUGUAGCGCAGCUGUGUGCACGUCAGGACCAGGAGUCAGCUGUGAACCAGCAUGUCACAGAAAAGGAAAGAGAGAUACCAAGGCAGUGGACCAGAAGAAUGAUACUAAGGUUGUGGUGUCUUCUGGAGAAGUGAUCAUGACUGCUCCUCAGCAGUAAACAGAGACAAGCACAAGAAUUCAGAUGAAAACUAUUUGAAAUUUUAUUUUGAUUAAUAUUUUUGUUUAAUUAUUAAGGUAAAACAAUAUUUUUUCCUCUAACAGUGUGUUUGGCAGAAAGAUGCCAAUACAUCACAAUGAGGUUAACAUUAAACUUAAAAUCUUCCAUUUGUUUUUGAAUUGUUUUGUGCAAACCAAUACUUUCUAAGUAAUAUUUUAAUAGUUUUAAAAC